AUGGUUGUUCACGAUGGCCACGAAUACCUCACCGAGGAAGAGAGGCGUUUGAAAGAGGACAGAGAGAAAACCAAGUACUGGAAGAAAUGGGGGCCCUACGUCGCCGAGAGGCAAUGGGCAACAGUACGAGAGGAUUACAGUGCCGAUGGAGACGCGUGGAGUUACUUCACGCACGACGAUGCACGAUCUCGAGCUUUCAGAUGGGGUGAAGAUGGCAUUGCCGGUGUCUCGGAUACACAUGGAUUUCAAAAUAUUGGCUUUGCCUUCUGGAACGAGGAAGAUCCCUUUUUGAAGGAGCGUCUCUUUGGACUUUCUAACCCUCAAGGAAACCACGGCGAGAGUGUCAAGGAAGCCCACUUUCAUGUCGAUAACACUCCCACUCACUCUUACAUGAAGUUCCUUUACAAAUACCCCCAAAAGCCGUUCCCUUAUGAUGAUCUCAUCAAGGAAAAUGCUCGGAGAACCAGAAACGACAAAGAAUACCAGCUUCUCGAUACUGGGGUGUUUGACGAAGAUAGAUACUGGGACAUCUUCAUUGAAACGGCCAAGGAGUCUGACGAUCCAGAUGAGCUCCUCUUCCGUGUUACCGCCUGGAACAGAGGCCCUGACCCGGCCCCCCUCCACAUCGUACCUCACGUCUGGUUCCGAAACACCUGGACCUGGGGCAGAGAGCCGGAUGAAAAGAAGCCAUCGAUUGCGGCCCAUACCGAAGACUCGGCCAAAUCAAAGCAUUGGAAGCUUGGAGAGCGAUACUUUCUUCUCUCUCCGUCUCCUGGCGUCGGCAGCUCGGGAACAGAUGUCAUGCCUAAGCUGAUGUUUACUGAAAACGACACCAAUACCGAGCUCCUCUACGAACAGCCGAACGAACAGCCCUACGUCAAGGAUGCCUUCCACAGGUACAUUGUCGGUGGAGAAAAGGAAGCUAUUAACCCUGCCCAAACAGGCACCAAAUGCGCUGCUUGGUACAACUUCAACGAGGAUGGCGGUGUCAGUCCUGGUGAAUGCGCCGUCGUUCGUUUCCGAUUCACAAAACGUGAUGAGUCGUACCUCGAUGAAGAAGAAUUUGACGACAUCAUUGAAAAACGCAGAGAGGAAGCGGAUGAGUUCUAUUACAGAAUCAGUCCUCUCCCGCUAUCUGAUGACUUGCGCAAUAUCCAGAGACAAGCCUUCUCAGGCAUGAUGUGGACAAAGCAGCAUUAUUACUUUAUCUGGGACCAGUGGGCGAGGGGAGACCCCGGCACUCUUCCUCCGCCUACAGAUCGUAUGGGUGUCCGAAACUCACAGUGGAAGCAUAUGCAUUGUGACGAUAUCCUGUCUAUGCCCGACUCUUGGGAAUAUCCAUUCUUUGCUGCCUGGGACAGCGCCUUCCACUGCAUCCCCUUGGCACAGAUUGACCCGGAUUUUGCGAAGAAGCAGCUCGAUCUCUUUACCAGGGAGUGGUACUGUCAUCCCAAUGGUCAACUGCCUGCAUACGAAUGGAACUUUGGUGAUGUCAAUCCUCCCGUCCAUGCCUGGGCCACUUUCAGAACCUUCAAGAUUGAGAGAAAGCUGUACGGACGCCAGGAUCUCGAUUUCCUUGAGCGAGUUUUCCAGAAGCUUCUGCUCAACUUCACCUGGUGGGUAAAUCGAAAAGAUGCCGAUGGCAAGAACAUCUUUGAGGGUGGUUUCUUGGGACUCGAUAAUAUCGGUCUGUUCAACCGUUCUGAGCCUCUGCCCACGGGAGGUGUCCUUGAACAGGCUGACAGCACUGGUUGGAUGGCGUUUUACUGCCUGUCCAUGCUCAACAUUGCACUUGAGCUUGCCAAGCAUCGCCGAAUCUACGAAGACAUUGCCUCAAAGUUCUUUGAGCACUUCAUCUUCAUCAGCGAUGCCAUGACCUUCCGCACAGGCCAGAAAGAUGAACAGUCUCUCUGGAACGAAGAGGACGGCUUUUACUAUGAUGCCAUUUCCUGGGGUGGCCCAUGGCUUCAGCAGCUACCUGUGAGGUCCUUGGUCGGCCUCAUUCCUCUUUAUGCCACCGCAACUCUUGAACCUGAGCUUAUUAACAAGCUGCCCUCGUUCAAGAAGAGGGUCGAAUGGUUUAUUGCAAACCGUUGCGACUUGGCAGAGAGGAACAUGGCCAGCAUCAGGAAGAGAGGGAAAGGCGACCGUAUCCUCUUGUCAAUCGUCAGCAAGGAGCGUUUGGAGAAGAUCCUAAAAAGGAUGCUAGAUGAGGAUGAAUUCUUCAGUGACCAUGGUAUCCGCUCGCUGUCUAAAUUUCACAAAGAGAACCCCUUCUCCAUGGAAGUAAAGGGGCAAGAGUUCACGGUUGGCUACGUCCCAGGAGACUCCGAUACUGGGCUUUUCGGCGGCAACAGCAACUGGAGAGGACCAAUCUGGCUUUGCGUCAACUUUUUGUUGAUCGAGUCACUCCAGCGAUUCUACCUCUUCUAUGGACCUGACUUCAAGGUCGAAUGCCCCACUGGCAGUGGCAUUUACAUGCAUUUGGGCAAGGUCUCGGAAGAGAUCCAGCACCGAUUACAGCAUCUCUUUGCUCGAGAUGACUACGGCAGGCGCAGCAUCAACGCUGGUGACGAUCGCCUCGACUAUGACGAGCACUGGAAGGACUACCUCUGGUUCUAUGAGUUCUUCGAUGGCGACAGUGGAAGGGGUCUCGGUGCCAGUCAUCAGACGGGAUGGACUGGUCUAAUUGCUCGGUUGAUCCAUGACACAGGUAUCAACUGUCGUCUGCCUCAGACUCCACGAACGCCCUCCGCCACCAUGGCGCACUACUUUGACGAUAUCUUCCAGAGACAAGUGGGCAAGGGCGUUCCUCACCCCGGUGGUGGCAGGCGCCAUAUCAGACGUUCAUCAACGGCCCGCUCCAUCGGUGCCAGAAGCGACUUUGACUUCUCCGUCAACGGAACUGACGACGACGCGCGGUCUGUCGCCAACUCGGUUCACCACGACGAUCCGGAGAGGGCCAAGGAGAAGGAAGAAGCGGACAGCCAUAUGCAUCGCUACAUUUCUGACCAGCUCUCAAGGUAUACAAACGGCGAAAAUGGCUACGAAGGAGAAGAGUUUGAGGCUCGAGCUGAGUAG